AUCUUUUGUUGUAUUUUUUAUCACAUAUAUACAUUCACAUAAAAUAAUAUAUCGCAAAAUGUUUGAUCGAUAGUAUUUCGAUAGUACGUUUAAUUGAAAAAGACGUUGAUCAAGAAAAUGCCAGUUAUAAUUAUUAAAGAUUAUUCUUGGCGUCAAACUUCAGAAUUUGUUAUUUUAAAUGUACCUUUAAAAGGAUAUCCAAAAAAGAUUGACUUAUUUGUAAUAGACAAUUAUAUAAAGAUCAGUUUUCCACCAUUUAUAUUAGAAUUAUUUCUUUUUGCUAAUAUUGUUGAAAAAGAAAGUAAAUGCAUUUUAACGGAAAAUGAAGCAAUACUUACCUUGCGUAAAACGAAUAUUAACUUGAUAUGGACUACAUUGGAAAUUCAAGAUAUUAACAAUGAUUUUAAACGACAAUGCCGUAUUCAAGCUUUAGAACAUGCUCAAAAACACGCUGAAGAAAGAACAAAAUUUAAAAAUGAAAAGCGUCAAUAUUUACAAAAAGAAGCGGUAAAAGAACAAAUUAAUAUUAAUACAGACACAUUGAAUAAAAUAGAAGCAAUACGAGAUACACAUCGAAAAGAAGCUAUGCAGGAAUUUGAAGAUUGGAGAUCGAAAGCUGAAUUACCAUUUCUUUCUAAUAUUGACAGACAAGCACAAGAAAAUAGAAAAGCUUAUAAACCACCACUAAAAUGGUUUAAAAAUAAGGAUAAUACAUUAAAAUCUCAAUCAAUUAUCGAAAAAGAAAUAUUUAAUAGUACAACCAUUAUAAAAGAAUUUGAAACUAAUAUAAAGAAUGAUGAACAGAUUUCAAAAAUUCAAUCAAUAAAUACAAAUCAAGAAAGUAAUACUGAAACAGAAAUGAUAAUAAAGGAAAAAGAUAAUAAAAAUGACAUUAGUUGUUCUGAAGAAUCUGAAUCAGAUUAUGAAAUUUCAUCGCAUAGUUCAGUACAAGAAAUGAACAAAAAUGAUAUAAAAAAAUUAUAUAAUAAAAAACAAAAAAGGCCAGGAUUAGAAACUGUAAAAUCUGCAAUAAGGGGUAAUAUUUUAAAAAGAAAUAAUAUAUUUGAAGAACCUUCAAAAUCGAUACCGUUACCAAGAAAAAUGGGUAUAAUCAAUAUCACAUUUUCGGAACGGAAAUUUCCAACACCAGCUAGAGAAAGUUCUCAUGUCGAAGAACAAGAAUGGUUGCAGAAACAGGCAGAAGCGAGGCGUAAAAUUGGUUUUGAUGCAAAAGAUCUUCGACCAGAAGAACGAGAUCCCCAAUGGUUAAAGGAUAAAGGAGAUGAAUUUUUCAAAGUUGGAAAUUAUUUAGCUGCUAUAAGCGCUUAUACGUAUGGAAUUAAGAUUAGUGAUAAAAUGGCAUCUCUCUAUGUAAAUAGAUCAGCAGCGCAAUAUGCAUUAGGCAAUUAUCGUAGAUGUAUAGAAGAUUGUUCUAAAGCAUUAGAAUUAAUGGAACCAAAAUGUGAAAGCAAUCAAGAAUCAAGAGCCAGAUGUCACGCUCGACGAGGCGCAGCACUUUGUAAAUUAUCGGCUCCUCAGCAUGGUAUUCCUGAACUAGAAGCUGCUUUGAAAUUAACACCGGAUAAUGAAAGUAUAAAACGUGACGUAUUGGUCGCAAAACAAUAUUUCGAUAUAAAAGACUAAUUAUAAAAAAAUGAUAAAUAAAAAGAAGAAAGUUUAUAUGACUUUUUUUUAAACAUAUAAUAUAUUCGUUUAUGACGAAUAUUAUGAAAGGUGAGAGUGAACAUCGAUUGCCUAAAUUGAAACUCAUGUUACACGAAUAUCCGUUAACAGUUAUUCAUAGAACUGACUUAAUAGUAUGCAAAGAAUUACGAAUCCAUGAAUUGCAAAUUAAAUUUUAUGUCUAGAUACAUAUUUUAUAUAAUUAAUAAUUUUAAAAUUGAUUAUUAUGGAUUAUCAAUACUGGAGAAGAUUAUAUUUUUGUUGUAUCUAAUUAAAGUUUUCUAAUUAAUCAUUUUAAUCUUAUUUUAAAAAUUAUCAAAUUAUGUGACUUUUGACACAUAUCAUUCAUUUAAUAUCUGAUUUUUAUUUAGUUAUCAAUUAAUAUAUUAAUAUAUUUAUUAAAAAUAAUAAUUAUGAUAAAAUAGUUCGAAUAAUUAAAUAGUAUGUUCUAUUUAUAAUAUCAUUAAUAAAUUUCUUUUGGAAAUAAAUAGAAUUUCAAAUAAACAUAAUCAAAGUGCUGAUAUGAAGGACAUUCCUGUUACGUCAUUUUAAUUGGUAAUUACUUAAAGUAAUCGUCACAUACACAUUUUUAUUAUUAAUUAUAUGUUUCGUACAUAUAAAUUAUAAUAAAUAUAUUCAUAUAUUCCGCAAUAAAUAUAUUCAUAUAUUUGAAGAAAAUUAUUCUUUUUAAAUCAAAAAAUUGAUGAAUAAAAUAUUUGAAAAAAUAUAAUUAAAAAAAGAUUUAAAAAAUAAAAAUAUUAUAAACAAAAUAAAUGUAAAAUAGAAAACAAAAUUAAAUAUAUGGG